UCGUACUCUAACGUCUAUCGUUUUACGUCAUCUAUACGCAUCUUAAAAAAAUUAAAAAUGAAAUACUUCAUUACCGUUUUUAUGGUUUUCCAUAUAUAUUUCAUUAUGUUACAAAGAACAUCAACUGCAUUGCCUCUAGAUAACUACUCCGAUAAAGAUUCGUUUGAAGAAAAUGAAAUUGCACUAUUUACAGGCAUAGAAGACAUGGAUAAGGAUGUAGAAGAUGAUGGAUUGAUUUUAGAUUUUCCUGAUAUACAAAAAAGGAAAACGUCGACUCAUAAAAUCUUUCGUAGACAUUGUGUGCCAAGAGGAGGAAACUGCGAUCACAGGCCCAAGUAUUGCUGUAACAGUAGUUCUUGUCGUUGCAAUCUUUGGGGAGCGAAUUGCAAAUGUCAAAGAAUGGGAAUCUUUCAAAAGUGGGGAAAGUAAAUAACUUAGAAUUAUAAUGACUAAUAAUUAAAGAAUUGUUUCAAGAUUAAUUCAUUCUAUCAAAAUAAUAUCUUUUUGCUUCAAU